AUGGUUUUGGCUCUCAUCAUCGCGAUUCCUCUUCUGGUCCAAACUUCCAAGACCGACGCGCACUAUGAGAUGAUGGGCACGUGCCGGAUGAUCUGUGACCCGUACAACCCCAAACCCAGCGCCACGGCUCUGGAGGUCAUGCAGGACCUGAGCGACCCUUCCCCGAGUUUUGUUCAAGGGACUAAAGGAGAGCCGGGUCGGCCGGGGAAACCUGGGCCGAGGGGUCCACCGGGAGAACCGGGCCCACCCGGUCCAAGAGGACCACCGGGGGACAGAGGGAACGCGGGAAAGACCGGGUACCCGAGCUUAACGGGCACAGCGCGCACCGACACCAGCGGAGAAGCGGGCUCUGCUAUUGGAGGGUCAAAGAUCGCGUUUUAUGUGGGUCUGAAAAACCCUCACGAGGGAUAUGAAGUGUUGAGGUUUGACGACAUCAUCACGAACCUGGGGAACCACUACGACCCCACAACCGGCAAGUUCACCUGCCAGGUGUCUGGGAUUUACUACUUCACCUAUCACGUGCUGAUGCGCGGAGGAGACGGGACAAGCAUGUGGGCUGACCUGUGCAAAAACGGACAGGUCCGAGCCAGCGCCAUAGCGCAGGACGCAGACCAGAACUACGACUACGCGAGCAACAGCGGUCUGCAUCUGGACUCUGGGGACGAGAUCUACGUGAAGCUGGACGGCGGGAAGGCGCACGGCGGGAAUAACAACAAAUACAGCACGUUUUCCGGUUUCCUUUUGUACCCGGACUAA